AUGUCCAAGCUUGCUGUGGCCAAGGAGGCCGUCAAGGAGGCCGUCAUCGGCACACACGAACCUGAACAGCUUGCUGCCCACACCAAGGCGCGCUUCACCAAGCAUGCUAUCAAGGACCCUGAGACAGGCGAACUGUUCCUCGGGCCCGAUGAGUUUAUCAACGCUGUUGUGCCCGAGGGUGAGGAUUACCACAAGAUCUCCCGUGAUCAAUAUUCCAUUCUAUUCAGCGUCGCGGAUGUCAAUGGCAAGGGCAAAGUGAGUCUUGCUGACUGGGGUAUUUUCGAGCACCUCCUCAACAAGCCGGAUGCCGAGUAUCAGAUCGCUUUCCGCCUCUUUGACGUUGAGCGCACCGGCUCUGUCAAGUACGACGAUUUUCGCACGUUGUACGAGCUCAACAAGGGCCCCGACAACCUAACCUUCGACUGGGAGUCCGAUUGGGCCAAGAUUUACAUUGGCAACAAGAAGCACCGGCACCCUCUCGACUAUCCUCAGUUCUGCCAAAUGUUGCGCGGUCUCCAAGGCGAGCGCAUUCGGCAAGCCUUCCACCAGCUUGACAAGGACGGGGAUGGCUUCAUCAGUGGUGAGGAGUUUGAGCGCAUCAUUGUCGAGACUGCCCGCCACAAGCUGUCUGAGCAUAUUCUUGACAAUCUGCACACUCUCGUCAACCUCUCCAUUGGUUCCAAGAUUUCAUACGCCAAUGUGCGCGCUUUCCAGAACGUCAUCGGCGGGAUGGAUCUCGUUGAGCUCAUCUUGCGCCGUGCCAUUGACCAGAGCAAGGACGGCAAGAUCACUCGUCCUGAGUUCCUGAACGAGGCUGCCAAGCUCACACGCUUCUCCCUUUUCACGCCAAUGGAAGCUGACAUCCUUUUCCACUUUGCCGGUCUCGAUGAACCCUCUGGCCGCCUGGGACUCUCUGAUUUUGCUAAGGUCCUUGAUCCUUCGUGGCGGAACCCCAUCUACGACGCCGUCGAGGCUACAAAGGCCAAGGUUGCCGGUGGUGGUAUUCUGAUGGGUGUUCUGACCUCGGGUUACAAUUUUGCUCUGGGUAGUGUUGCUGGUGCCUUUGGUGCCUUCAUGGUGUACCCCAUUGAUUUGGUGAAGACGCGACUGCAGAACCAACGAGGCGCCCAGCCCGGUCAGCGCCUCUACAAGAACUCGAUUGAUUGUUUCCAAAAGGUCAUCCGUAAUGAGGGAUUCCGUGGUCUCUACUCGGGCGUGCUACCCCAGCUGGUUGGUGUUGCUCCAGAGAAGGCCAUCAAGCUGACCGUGAACGAUCUUGCCCGAAAGUACUUCACUGAUAAGAAUGGCAACAUUACAGUCUUGUCCGAGAUGAUUUCUGGUGGUUCUGCUGGUGCCUGCCAAGUUGUCUUUACCAACCCUCUCGAGAUUGUCAAGAUUCGACUCCAAGUUCAGGGCGAGGUCGCCAAGACCGUCGAAGGAACACCGAAGCGAUCGGCUAUGUGGAUCGUGCGCAAUCUGGGUCUCGUUGGAUUGUACAAGGGUGCUUCGGCGUGUCUGCUUCGUGACGUUCCCUUCUCGGCCAUCUACUUCCCUACUUACAGCCAUCUCAAGAAGGACUUCUUUGGCGAGUCUCCGACCAACAAGCUGGGUGUUUUGCAGCUACUGACUGCUGGUGCGAUCGCCGGUAUGCCCGCUGCCUACUUGACGACACCCUGUGAUGUGAUCAAGACCCGACUUCAGGUCGAAGCCCGCAAGGGCGAGGCCACAUAUAACGGUCUGCGACACGCAGCCAAGACAAUCUGGAAGGAGGAGGGCUUCACUGCCUUCUUCAAGGGUGGUCCCGCGCGUAUUUUCCGAUCUUCUCCUCAGUUCGGCUUCACCCUUGCUGCAUAUGAAGUUCUUCAGACUCUUCUACCCAUGCCUGGUACUCAGAAGGAAAAGAUUCCUACAGGAGUGUCAGAUGCUGUGUCGACGGUCAAGGGCAGCCUAGACACUAGUCCAUAUGGUCGCAGCCGCAACGCCCUUAAAGUGAUCCUCGAUCUUGAUGAGGACUUUGGCAAGGUUAAGCUUCCCAACGAGAAGGGCUGGCGAUCGCUGCCCAAGAUCAUGGGCGGUGGUGGUCAGUAG